AUGGAUGGUUUGAGAACAAAUGUUGUCAUGUGCCAGAAACUUGGCUGCAUAUUUAAUUUACCAAACAUCAUCAAACCAUCUUUCAAACUGCCAUCUUCAAAUAGAGACAUCUUUGUUAUAUUUGAUGCAUGCCAUAUGUUAAAGCUUGUAAGGAACACUUGGGCUGACCUAAGAAUUCUCGAGUCACAUGGUAAACUGGCAGCUCAAAUAUUAAGAUCUUCAGUUGCCAAAGCAUUAAGAUGUUUGAGUAGUUGUCAGGAAUUUAAAGAUUGCGAGGCAACAGUAAAGUUUAUAGAAAAUGUGGACAAUUUGUUUGACAUUAUGAACAGCAAAAAUAUUUACUGCAAAUAUUUUCGUCAAGGAAUAAGUCAAACAUCAUUUGAAGACAUAACAGUUAACCUUAAUUCGCUAAAGGAGUAUUUGCUAUCAUUAAGAACUGGUGAAGGAAAAUAUCUCUAUCAUACCAAUAGUCAGGAUCAUCUGGAGUUGUUCUUCAACUUUAUCAGAGGUGCAGGAAAAUGCAAUGACAAUGUACAUCAGUUGGAAACCAUGUUUAAACGAGUUUAUUUCAGAUGUGGGAUUGUCCCUGGGAAAACAGUGGCAUAUAUUGCUGGAUGGGUGGUUCGAAAAGUAACCCUGAUGAUAGAUUGUAAUCAAUGCAGGCUAGUACUUGUUGAAACAAAAGGUAGAGUCUCCAUGUUUUACCAACAGCUACUUAUAUUAAAGAACGACGGUGGUUUUUCCUUCCCGUGGUGUCGUCAAGGUUAUUAA